AUGAUGACCAAGACCCUCGCCCUCGUCGCCACCACCCUCGCCGUGGCUGUCACCGCCAACCCCACCGUGGGCUACGCGGGCUACUUCUACGAGAACUGCACCACCCCCAGCAUCGACGCGGGCAACGCCUACGCGGGCUCGUGCCUGAACGUCGAGAACUUCCCCAUCAAGUCGUUCACCGCAUACGUCGAGUCCGGCAGCUGCGCCGACGGCACCUCGGCCGUGCUGCACACCUACACGGCCUCGGGCUGCGACGAGUCCACCCUGUUCGAGACCGUCAGCGUUGACACCGAGAAGCAGUGCUUCGAGGCGGAUGUGACCCUGGUCAGCAUCAAGUCGGAGUGUGUUUAG